AUGAUUUAAUAAUCUGCCAUCUCAUUUCAAGGUCGACAAACUUAAUUGAAAGAUCAAAUCAAUAUGCUUGAAUAGAGAGCAUAAGAAAUCAAUCAAGAUAUUAAGAAAAAAAGGAAAACUCCAGGAAGUCAGGACAGACAAAUCAAAUUAAAAACUCUUCAAAAUCAAAUUGAUAAAAUGAAAUAGUUGAGUGAAGAUCUGUAGCACUUAGUCAUUGAUGAAUAGAAAUGGUUAAAAUUGAUAGCACUCCUUGAAAUCAUGUACUCAAACUUGGAUAAUCCAGAUCAUGAAUAAGAAUUCAAUCAAUUAAUACCCCAAUUGUACUAAACUAAAAUUGUGCAAACUGCAUGGAAUGAUAGAAUCUUAUAAUCCAAUAGAUCAAUAAUUGAGCCUUUUGAUUAAAAAGCUGCAACUCAACAGGCUCAAUUGGUAGAUUAAAAUUCUGCUGCAUAUAAAAUCAAAAUGAUGGACUUCAGCUACAAUGAUAGGCCCUAGAAAAAUGAUUAUUAUUAGCCUCCAACUUUUAAGGAAAAAUUGAAUUUAAAUAGAUUGUUACCUAAAUACAAAAUGCUACCUCAUUCAGUAUUCAGUUAAUUAAGCUGCGAUACAUUGUUCUAUGUAUUCUAUUACCCCAAAGAACCAACUGAAUAAUUAAUGGCAGCAAGAGAAUUAAUUAAAAAUCAGUGGAUCUACAACACAAAACACGGAUUAUGGAUGAAGAAGGACAAGCAUUAUCAAUAUGAAAAUGAGAAAGUCAUCAAAGGACCUUUCAUAUAUUUUGACUGCGAGGCUAAAUGGCAACAGAAAAAAAAACCUGACUUUUAGUUUAAGAAAAAACACAUAUUACAAUACGAAUUAAUUUAGUGAGUUAUGAUUUGUCAUCUUAAGAAUAAACUAUUCAUUUCUAUUAAAAA